AGCGCAGUCCCGCCGCGCCGCGCCGGCGGUCCGCACACCGCAGCGUCUCCAUGGCCCUCCGCGCGUUCCUCGUCGAGAUAUGCAGCCCUACCUAAGGGGGCGCACGUGCGCAGCUGCGGCCAGCCGGGCGAACGGAGCCAGUGCUCGGCCGUAGACACCGCAGAGCGCGUGGACUAGCGCGCGCCCAGGAGGCGGCUACCUCUGCUACCGGGGGCAGGGCGGCGGCGAACUCGGGCGCAGUUCUCCGCGUCGCGGGUCAACCGGUUCGUGCUCGUCGAGCGUCUCCUCUACAGCUACGCAGUCGCCGGCGAGAGACCAGUGAGUUCGAGGACAUUGGCGGGAGCGAGAAGCAAUCUUCCACAAAGUAUUUCAGUGUCUUAGGCGAUUCCUUCUACGUAGGGAGACGUCUUUUGUCCUAUAGAGGACCACUCAUCUAUUUUUCUACUCUCCGAGUCAGAAGCAUAGCGUAGCAACUAUCGUAAUUUUUAUGGCAGUCCACUCUUCUGGAGUUUAGAUACGUGCGUGAGGAAAUAACGAUUCCUAAUAGAUUACUUGUGAAAUAUCUCGGAGACUAGCAGCUGAUCUCUUCAGUGUAACUGUAUAGUGAAAAAUUACUUGUAAAAAAAAAAUUUUGAACGAAGUGUUGUUACACACCGUAGAUAUACGCUUGGAAACUUUCACGUAAACGUUAAUAUUUUUGACUAGUAUAGGGAAGGAAAAGAAGAGAGUAGUGAUACCCACUGUGUCUUUCGCAAUAGCCGAAGAAAUUAGCUACAUUAUUUUUUCGUUCGCAUGCUGUAUAGAGACUGAGUGGGAGAAGAACUUGAGUUGCACUCGCCGAAAUUGUAUUUCACCCAUCUCCUGUCCAGAGUUAUUUUGUGAUAGAGAAUAUAGUGAAGAACUUGUGAGAGAACAAGAAGGGAGUCUCCAUUUAAAGCAUUAAGUAACUGCAACCGAGUGGAUCAACAGUGAACAGAGUCUUUCAUAGCCCUCCUCGAGCCGACGGCAGUGAGCGUUAUAAAUAUUUUCGUAAGUGAGAGGGAAGGUUCGCACGUGUGCUGUUGAGAGCGUGCCAGCAGCAGUCAGCUGGCCAGGGCAGCGGCAGUGUGCGCAGCGGGUGCGAUAUCAACAGGCAGGCAUCUGUUGCUCGCCCGGGGGAUAGGGCAGCCGGCCGGAGGCAGAGCGGCUAUGCCGGGCCGCGCCGGCCGCUGACCACUAGCUAGUUGGGCAGCCAUGGCGCUCUCGCAGCAGCAGGUGCUGCAGCUCCGCGGCGACGAGCCGUGCGCCACCUCGGACUCGGAGUCGGACGUGGCCGAGCUGUCCGACCUCGAAGACGACGCCGGCCUGCCGCCGGGCGCCACCAGCAGCGACGAGAACGACGACGACGACGACGUCGACGACCUGGAGCUGGGCAGCGGCGUGGCGCGCCGGCGCCGGUCGGGCGCCGACGAGGACGUGGACGAAGAGGAGGAGGAGGAGGAGGAGGAAGAGGAGGAGGAGGAGGAGGAGGAGGAGCUGCCCUACCCGGGCUUCGUGCCCAUCGCGCUGCGCUACCUGGACCAGCACACGCGCCCGCGCAGCUGGUGUCUGCGCAUGAUCACCAAUCCAUAUCCUUUUUUCUGCAAUCUCUGCCGCCGUACAAGGUAGUCGUGCACUCCAUUUUUCUGUGUGUACCAUUUAGUUUGGAUGUGGAUCUACUAUGUCCACCCAUUUGCAGGAUCCCCUAAAACGUCGUCAGCGAGAGUUUCGACACUCAAUCUCUUAUAACACUUACGAAUUUUGCGUGAGAGACUGAAGCACUAUGUCCAUCGAAUCUUUCAAUCCCCACUGUGCCACAGUUUUAUAACCUGACACACGA